AUGGAAAACCAUUUUCCUAACUGGGACUAUCACACUAGUUCCAUCAUUGAAGGUCGUAUCUUAGUUAUGUGGAGAAGAUUGUUUGUUAAAACCAUCAUUUUAGAGGAAUCCUCUCAAGCAGUUCAUUGUCAGGUGAAGAUGUUGGGUUUGCAGCAGGAAUUUGGGGUCACAUUUGUUUAUGGUCUUAAUUCGAUUAAGGGUAGGAGGUGUCUUUGGGAAGGGUUACAGAGACCUUAUCACAUUCCUAAUGCCUGGAUCUAUCUUGGUGAUUUUAAUGCCCCUCUUUCAGGCAAGGACAGAGCUGGAGGCAAGGCUGUUUCAGACUCAGAAUUACAUGAUUCUUUAAAUUGGUUGGCAGGUGCUCAGUGGCUUGAUCUGUUCUCUCAAUCUACAGCAAUAUAUAGAUGGGAAGGCAUCUCUGAUCACUGUUCUUGUUUGGUUAGUAUUCAAAAUUCUGAGAAGUUGGGUUCCAAACUUUUUCGCUAUUACAAUUACUGGGCAGAGCACAAGGAUUUCAAUGAAUUGGUUUUAAAAAGCUGGAGAGGCCCAAUUACAGCUUAUGGUAUGAAUGCAAUUUUUCUUAAGCUGUUGAGGCUUAAGCACUGUCUAAAUUUUUUUAAUAAGGACAGAAUAGGAGAUUUACAAGCUAACUAUCAUAAGGCCAAGGAUGCUUAUCAAGUUGCUCAGCUGCAAGCUCAAGCUCACCCCCUUGAUUCUUGCUAUCAAGAUGCUGAGAGGACUACAGCAGGGGAGUUUUCUGUUCAGGAGAGGUUAUAUCAGAGUUUUUUAAUUCAAAGGAGUAAAGUAACUUGGUUAAGACAAGGAGAUCUGAACACAUCCUUUUUUCAUGCUUUCCUUAAGAAGCGUAAAGCUGAGAAUGGGAUAGUUUCUUUUAUGACAGAGGAAGGGCAGUUAGUUGAUAACUAUACAGAAGUGGUCUCUCAUUUUCUGGGUCAUUUUAAAGAUUGUUUAGGCAGUCCAAGUUCAGCUUCAGGCAGGGUUAAUAUGCAGCAUAUUGACUUAGGUCCGAAGCUUUCAGUUGAGCAGCAAGCCUCGUUUUUGAGACCUUUUUCUAAGAAGGAAAUUCGGGAGGCUUUAUUUAGUAUUCCUAAUACUAAAUCCCCAGGUCCUGAUGGGUAUGGAUCCGACUUCUUUAAAGCUGUCUGGAGUAAGAUAGGUGAAGAGGUUUGCUCGGCUAUCUCUUACUAUUUUGAGUCUGGAAAUUUCCCUUCUAAGCUUCGUGAAACAACCAUUUCAUUGAUACCUAAGAUUGCUAAUCCUUCCCGGGCUGUCGACUAUAGGCUAAUAGCUUGUUGCUCCACACUGUAUAAAUGCAUGGCUAAGUUGAUUUGUAAGAGGUUGGCUGUUGUUCUACCAGUUAUUGUUCAAUCCAAUCAAGGAGCUUUCAUUCAAGGUUGA